AUGGGCGAUGCUGUACGCCCAAGUGAUGAUCAAUAUAGCCAGGCCCUUCAGGAUAGUUUCAAGACAUGGUCAUCCUAUCUCGAUGCCAGCAAGGAUAACCUACUCCCCCAUCAUGCCAUAGAGCUGAGACAUCUCGUCAAUCAAACCCCACCUUUUCUCGGUGGCCUUGCUAGCUUGAACAAGACCACGUCAUUCGCUUACGAGGAGAAGCAAUCACCACAGUCGAAGGGCAGUCUUCUCAUAAAUGGCCGAUCAACUUGGAGAACGUCCGAAGGGAAUUGUGAUUCAAAGCUAAAGGUCAUGUCUAAGCAACUUGUCCUGGCAGUUGAUAGUUGA